CCACGGUAAUCAGAAAAAACACAAAACCGAGCUCUUCUUCCUCCUAACCCCACCAACCAAAUAUACCAAACACCUUCGCCUCUGUGGAGAAGGAGAAGAAGAAGGAUAGUUGUGAUAUGGGCUCCCCCUCCUUCUUGCCGUGGCCGUUCUCAAAGCGACGAGACCGAAGAGGAGGAGGGGGCUCAAAGGAUGGGAAGGCGAAACACGGAAUCCGAGAAAAGGACGAAGAAGAAGAAGAAGCGGAGUUUGGGGUGACGGAUCAGCUGCUCGAAUUCGUCACGACCUUCACCGUCGACACCUUCAAAUCCUUCCCUCUCCAUGAUCCGGCAGCAUCGGAGCCUCUCGACGGCUCGAGUCAUGUCAGGAAGGAUCUCACCGACUGGCAGCAGCGCCACGCCCUUCUGCUCCUCUCCAAAGCCAAGGAAAUUGCGAAGCUUCGAUAUGUUCUAUGCCCUCGACAUUUAAAGGACAACGAGUUUUGGAGAAUUUACUUCCUUCUUGUCAAGAGUUACGUUGCUCCGUAUGAGAUAAAUGCGAUAAAGAAAGCGAAGAUCAAGAUGAUGGAGAUGGAGAAUGGCAGAACAAAGAAGACUACUUCCAUUGAGGUAGAGAUGGCAGAAUCAAGAAGUGGCAGAGACUCUUCCCUUUCAUUGUCGUCCGAGUCAAAACUUGACAUGGAUGCUGACUAAAAACGUUGUGAUAAAGGAACAGAUUAGCGAGUGAAGUUGACUGAGAACGACAUCAGAACUUACUUGUAUCAAUUUCUUAGUGCGGAGACCAAAUUGGUGGUAUUCAAGCAUUGAGCUUCCCGUCACCUGCUGAUUUUACAUCUCUGAGUCACUGGCUAAUCACAAAAAGCUUCCAAUCCAGGAGCUACUAUAUUGCUUGUUGAUGCUUGACCUACUUGUUUGCAUGACAUGAAGUGCCUUAUUGUUUGCAGCUGAAUUUUAAGAAACUUCCAUGCAUGUGUCCAUGUCCCAAUUACCCCUGCACAUAUAAACUGCAUCAAUUUCCUCCCUGUAUUUCACCUGUCUCUCAAAUAGGUACAAAAUUUUGAAAAAUUGUGAGUUGGAGUGGGCAUUGAAAUGGCCUGUCAUGUCACAUUAUCCUACAUAUGGACAUCUUAAUAUCAACUAAUGUAAUAAACCCAAAACAACUUAUUUUCAUGAUGUUGCUUCAUUCAAUUUUAACAAUCAUCUCAAUUUUUUGGGUCGAUUUGCGACAGUGGAUUAUGCCAGGGGUAUGUAUUCUUUGUAAUUUAGCCUUAAUUUGAAUAAGAAACUAGCAAAAAGACCAGGUGCCCCUAUGGUGGUAUGUAUUGUUUGUAAGAGAAAUCCCAUAUCCAAUUUGUUGUUGGA